AUGACGAGUCCGGAAGCAGAGAAGGAUGUAUCCCGCCCAGCCAAUCGACAUGCGCUUACUGCUACUGAACGUCAACGUGUUCAACUCGAUAAGCUGCUCAAAGACCCCUCCAAACCUGCUCACAUUCCGACACAACUGAAAGACAAAACAAUACGCCCUCCGCGGGAGAUGAUGAAGAAUGUUCAAGGUUCGAGUGCAGGCGCAGGAAGUGGUGAAUUUCACGUCUACAAAGCAAGUAGACGGAGGGAGUACGAACGGUUAAACCUUCUGGAGGAGCAGUCUAGGAAGGAAAUAGAGGCGGCCGAGUUUGAGAGGCGAAGGAAAGAAGCAGAGGCAAUUGCAGAGGCAAAAACGGCUAAGAACCGUGCAAAACGCCAGAAGAAAAAGGAAAGAUUAAAAACCACCAAAUCAUCUGAAUCGAAAGCGGCCGAGGGAGGAAGGGCGGUGGAUGGACCUGGAAGUGAGGUUCCGUUCAAAAAGAGAAGGUUAAUCAAUGGCAGGGAACUCGUGUUUAAACGGCAUGAUGGGGAAGACGAGUCUGAAGAUGACGAUGAACCUCAAGCAGAGCGCGCCUCGCUGGCAGAUGCCGGAGAUGCCUUGUCAGCUCAUGAACCACAGGCAACCGCAGUAGAAUCGUCACGGGUUGUUAUACACGAUGACUGA